GGUUAGGCUAAUGGUUGGAAAUGGUUACAUAUCAGAUAACAGAUCAGUAAAUACAUCAUUGCCCACCAGAAGUUUUUCAAUGUAGCUAAUAGAGUAAAAAUAGAGCAAAGAUGUGGUGAAUUUGGCAAGAAGUAGCAAAGUGUAAACAUGUGUAGGUGUUGUUGAUACAAAAAGGUUGUUCCAGUAUGGAGGGGGGUUAGGGGCUGUAUCUAAGAAGGAAAACUGUGUGUAAAACUGAUAGUUGGGUGGGUACCAGAUGUUCCCAGAAAGAUUUGAGGGAAUAAGUUGUAGCAGGAUGUAGUUUUAACUGGCUACAUUUUAUGCUUUAUUACCAUCGUACGUGUUUGAGUCAUAUGUCUACCACUGCCUGUUCAAUUACUGAUUUGUCAUUUUAUUAGCUGAAUAUAGUUUACACAUACAGUUUGAUGCUGGUGUAGAUAUACUGUAAUUAUGAAAACAUGUACAUCUGACUAUGUACUCAAUAGGAUUAGGCUAUGAGACAAGAGAACAGUUCGUUCUGAAUUAUGAGUAGGGUUUGUUUCCUGUUUUUGCUGUUAAUGAUCCUUGGCCUUCACCAACAUUGGAGAGAAGCCAGUAGUCCAACUUUAUCUCACUUCCUUCCUGUCUUUAACUCUCUCAUUGUCCUGAGGGGUGUGGCUUCCUGAGUAGGAAGCCCCAUGCUCUAAAUUCUACAGAAUAUUCAGCCAACAUUACAAGAUGAUCUACUACAGAACAUCAUUGCCUGCUCGCAAAUGACUGCUUUUGUGCCAGUGAGGGUAGUGGCAAUGUCUUUUUUGAUGUCAGUGAUUUUUAUAUUGUCUGUUAAGACAGGAUUUAGCAUUAAUCAGGCUGGUGUCUGUAGGCCUUUUUGUACAGGGAAUGACUGCAUAACUGUAAACCAAGAGAGAGUGGAUUUCCAGACAGCUGAGGAAACAUGCCGCGACAGGAACGGGGCAUUGAUGACAUUUCAGUCAGAGACAGAUGAGAGCACACUUGACAUUUUCAGAGAUGAACUGUAUGGAGACUUCUGGAUUGGACUGCAUUUACCCGCUGCCACCUGCAGCAACCUCUCAGCUCCACUGAGAGGCUAUGAGUGGACCUCUGGUAGUAUGCAAAGGACCUUUCUUCCAUCCUUCGCCAAAUGGAAAGAGAGUGUUAAAGUCUGCUCUCCGCACUGUGUGUCACUUUCAAAGGAUGGAAAGUUGACAGAGAGGCUGUGCUCGGACAAAGCGGAUGGGUUUCUGGGCCGAACAAAGCACAAAGAUGCAUGCCAGACGGGACAACUGUCAGAUCCGAAUGUUAUCCUGAGCUCUAAAGGCUGUUCAGUUGGUCCUUGUGAGCAUACAUGCAAAGAUGUAAAGGGAGGUUAUAUAUGUUCCUGUUUUGCUGGAUAUAUCCAAGACGACAAAGACCCCUGGCGGUGCAAAAUGCACUGCGGGCAACAGAAAUGCUAUGCGAUAUGUGAGAGAGGACCUAAUAGCGGGUGCUUCUGUCCUGAAGGCUUUGUACUAGGUGGCCAACUGUGCGAGGACAUAGAUGAAUGUGUUAAUGCAUGUGACCAAAAUUGUGAAAACAGUUUUGGGAGUUUUGUGUGUUCUUGCAGAGAAGGAUAUAUACUGAAAGAUCACGGUAAAUGUGUUAAGGCAGAAGGCGGGGAAAAUGUUGUGGUCACAAGUCCUGUCGUCAUAGGUGUUGUGAAACCAGCCACCAAUAAUCACACACAGCAGGGUGCCGCUGCGCCUGCUGGGGGUUUGGUCUGGAUAUGGAUCACUGUUAUCGUGGCCCUGGCAAUUUUUAUCAUUGUGAUAAGGUUUUAUGUUGUGAAGCGUCAGAAGCGCAGAGAAGAAAACUCCAUUCAGCAGUCCACUGUUCCUGUGGACAAAAUUGACUGUUAAAUCCCCAAACUUAAUAAAUGAAUAAAGAACAUUAAAUAAAUUAUCACAAUAAACGUUUCUUUAGACUUUAAUCUUUGAAUAUGCAUUUUAAAAUAGAAAAAAUAUUAAUUAAAAUGAAUGUAUUAACUAUUCAAGGUCGUUUUUUCAGAAAGAGAAGGAAUAGGCCAUUCACUUCCUCAUAUACAAAAAUAAAAGCUAAUAUUGGGUGAAAACAACUAGUUAAAAACCUAAUUAGAAAAAGGAAUUCAAAGUUUUACUUAAAGUACAUUCAUGUGUAUAAAUUCAAGCUGUAUUGAAGUACCAUAUAGGACAUAUCUUCAUGUUUUGAUUGUAAGUGCUGGGAAGUCAUAUUGAUAGGUGGAAACCAUAGGUGGAAACUCAUUCUGAUUUAGCAUAUAGUGUUGAUAAGGACAAAUAUUAUGUAAGACAUAAGAAAUAUUGCAGCCAAGGUAGAAGUAUAAUGGAGUUGAACAGAGAAAAGCAUGACAAAAUAAAUCCUCAAGAAAAGUUAUUCUUAAAAUGUAAAAGAGAUGUCGUGUUCUUUUUAAACCCUGACUGAGAGUAAACAUAAAUAUGUGUGCAUUUGCAUUUACCUGUGAAUUUAUGUGUCACUGUGUUCAUUUACAUAUCAUGACAUGGAAUUAAAAUCUGAAUUACUCUCUAA